UGUCUGCGCCUAAGCUGUCCCUCGGAAUGGGCCGAGCCGCACUGCCGCGCGCAGAAUUCGUGGAGCAAGCUCCAAAAAAAAUGGAGGGGGCAGAGGAGGGGCGGAGCGCCGCCGGCCACACCAAGAUCUCGUCGACCACGGGAGGGGCGGCGCGGCCACGAUCUCGGCGACCACGAGAGGGGCGGCGCGUCUCCACUGCCUUCUAGCCACACGGGCGGUCCGACAACUGCAGAUUUUCCACGGGAGUGGAGCACGAGCGCGGCGGCGACUCCUCCAGCGACCACGGCGGUGACCCCUUUUUCCUUUUCAAUCCCGGUUUAACUCCUGAUUCGGCUCCCCUCCCCCAACCCUAGUUCCCCCCUGGCUCUCUUCUAGGGAGUUCGUCAUGGUGGUUCUGCUCCGUCUCGGGGUCUGCAAUCCGAGCCCAGCUGGGAGUCGGCUGAGCCUCUCACUUCAUAAAUAUGAGGGAUUCGAAAACCUCUCAUUUUAUCGCCAGAUCCAGUUAGAGCCGGAAGAUCGAUUGGAGAAAACAUGUCUAAGCGUCAGCACUCGCACCUCGACGUCGCCCGCACUGGCAAAAGGCCGCGUGGUGUGCCAAAGAAGCACCUCUACCUGGUGCUGGAUGAUUGGCAUAAGGGCUUCAGCAUCCGCAAGAUCGACGUCGACGCCUUGCAGGACACCACCACCGACCUGCACCAUGGGUUCCCCGACCCUGCUGCUCUCCGGUUGGUCGCACCGGUAAAACGUCUUCACAUGGACUUCGCCACCAUGGGCAGUGACAUCUUCAUCACCACCAACCCAUGCUGCCCGCACACUCCCACCCUCGUGUUCGACACCGAGACGGCCGGGCUCACCAUGGGCCCCUGCCCACCGGUUCGACUCAUUGACAGGACCACCUUCACCGUGGCCGCCGGCGGCAUGAUGUACGCGUUGACACAUCGCCAUGUCCACGAGCAGCACUCUUUCGAGGCCAUGUCAUGGGCGCCAAUGGACAAGGACGAGCCGUGGCCGAGCCCAACCAUGAGGUGGUCCUGGAAAAGCGUGCCCUCGCCGCCACCAUUCGCCAUGGAUGACGUGAUCACCUCCUACGCGCUGCACCCGGACGGGCACACCAUAUUCAUGUCCGCACACGACAUACGCUAUCAUCAUCUUCCAAAGGGCACCUUCUCCUUCGACACCAGGACUUCCAAGUGGAGGUUGCAUGGGGAUUGGGCUCUACCAUUCCAAGGGCAAGCACACUACGACGACGGGCUAGACGCAUGGGUCGGGCUUCACAAGGACGGGUACAUCUGCUCCUGUGAAGUCGCCUCCCGCAGCAGCACAAGUGCGGUGGAGCCCGAGUGGAAGGUGACCAGGGAGAAGCUGUUCCACAAGGACCCGGAGAGGCGGCUGGCAUUUGCGAGGCCCAGUCUCGCCUACAUGGGCGACGGCAGCUUUUGCCUUGUGGAGUCUGUGCUACGCGAGGGAGUGGAGUUUAAGUGCGCCUUCGGUGACCGUGACGGCUGUGUGCUCCACUUGAGCAUGUUUGGUCUUAAGUAUGAUCGUAGGGGACAACUGCAAACCACGCGCCACCACACUAACUCCUAUGUAGUCUCUAAGCAUCUCGAGACAGUUUCUCCUGUAGUCUUCUGGAUGUAGAGCUAUUUGUUGACAUGUUUUAUGCAAACCAUGUCCGAGAGUAAUGUACGCUAUGUAUUAUUAUAUGUGGGCACUAUAAAGAGAAAUAAAAAAGAAGUCCACUUCUCUUGGCAUUUUUGUGGAACAUGAGUGAUUAUUUUUGCAUAACUGUUCUUGAAAGCACAGUUAUGUUUGCAUCUCUAAACCAUGUUAGUAGUAUGUAGCUUGUAUAUUUGCAUCUCUAAACCUAUGGUUGUUUACUACCAAGCCUAUUUGGCAGAGCAGCUAUGUUUGUACAUGUGAUUUUAUCUUCUAUAUCUACACUUAUUUUGGAAUGGAGGGAGUAUAUUUUUCUGCACAUGCAUGCUUCCACAUAACCUAUUGAUUUGGGGUUCAAAAAAUCGUGUCUUUUCUAUCUGAGUGGGUAGAACCACCGAGGCAAAACCAUGAAAAGAAUUAAAGAUAUAUGUUCUUGUGUCUAUGAUGGGAUGAUGGUUCAGAGUUGUUCUUUUAGAUAAGCUUGGGGCUCCUCUGUUUUGAUAUGUAGCGCUCUAGUAAUUUAAAUGAUUCAAAUUCCUGAACCACAGUGUAUUGCCUCUGUUGGGAAGCAAGUAGUGUGGUUUUAGUUCAAACUGGAACUAAAACCACGUCAGUUAUUUCUGAAUGGAGGGAGUACUUGUUUUGUACCCCUCCGUCCCAAAAUAAGUGUCUCAACUUUGUACUACCUUUAGUGCAAAGUUGUACUAAGUUUGAGACACUUAUUUUGGGACGGAGGGAGUGUACAACAACUAUGCACUGAAUGAUCUGACCUAUAUUAUAUACAUGAUGAGGAAGAAAAUAGGGUAUAUAUACUUGCUAUUCUGCUGCUGGGCAACUAACUUAACUGGCGAACAUGAAAGGCACACAGCAACUGAUGGUACCAGAAAAUUUCAUUGGCUGCUACACAGGCCAGGUGUUUGCUCUGCUGCUAGUUAAACACUUAAACUACAGCAGCUCAGGGCUAGCCAUGUGUGCGUGCGUGUUUUUUCCUCUGUAGGAUUUUAACCUCGGAUGAAAUUCCAUGGUUCGGUGGUCCGGGCGUAGUUUCUGAUGCAGACCGCACAUCCAUCAAAAGCCACAAUGCAACUCAACUUUUAUUUCUCUUACUUGGUUUCACUAAGAUGCGUUAUUGCAAGCUAUUCAUCGUUUUUCAGUUUUGAGCUAUGAGAAGAUUACUUAUUUCCUAUAUUGUAGCUAUAACAGUUUUUAGUGUCCCAUCUUUCUAGUCUCCUGUGUUGAACAGAGACAUAGUGUUGAAUCAAUUGUGUGAUCUCUUUUUCUAUGU